AUGUACACUCGAACACUAAUAUCAUCGAUAUCAAAAAGAUAUACCUCAUGUACAACAACGACAACAUCAUCAUUUCUAAAUAGGGUUAUCAUACCUACCUAUACCUCGAAUCAUUAUUGUACAUUUCAACCACAACAACAAAAUUUAAUAUAUCAACAACAACAACUUGAAGUAAAGCAACAACAAAUACAACAACAACAACAACAACAACCAACAACAACAACAACAACGAUAGAAGACGAGUUAAUUACACAAUGUAUAGAUGUUAAAUGUGCAAUUCAUUUCAAAGUACCUUCAAAGCUGUCAGGUAAAGAGGGACAUUGUCCACAAUGUGGGUCCAAACAACCAUUCAAGAAACAUACAAGCAACUAUAGAAGAUUGCUGGCAAAGAAACAUAAAGAAUAUUCUGAACAAUUGGUUGAAAUUACAAAGACAUCAAAUACGUUGGAUUUGGUAUUUUCUAACAAUCUCUCCUACUACCCACUAGAUGAACCAUAUGGACUUGGUGUAUUAUUAGUUGAUUGUAGAAGUUUGGCUAAUAUUGGAAGUGUAUUUAGAACGAGUGAUGGUGCUGGAUUUAAUCAUGUCUAUCUUUGUGGAAUCACUGGAACACCACCAAGAAAUGAAAUAUUAAAGACAUCAUUGGGUGCUGAAGAGUUUGUUAAUUGGUCAUAUUGUCAUGAAUCAUUACAUUGUAUUAAAGAAUUAAAAAGAAAAGGUGUAAAAAUAAUAGCAAUUGAACAAUCAGAUAAAAGUAUACCAUUAUUGGAAAGUUUAGAUUAUCUUUAUGAAAAUACAAAGAUCAACAACAACCAAUCUGAACAACAACAACAACAUUCACCUAUAUGUGUUGUAUUUGGUAAUGAAAUAGUUGGAUUGAGUGAAGAGAUUAUAAAGGAAUGUGAUUUUAUUUGUGAUCUACCAAUGAAGGGACAGAAGAGAAGCUUAAAUAUUUCAGUUGCAUUUGGCAUUACUUCAUAUGUAUUGUCAGAGAAAUUCAAAAAUAUCAUAGUUGAUAAUCAUUUGGGUAUAGAGAAAAUAAAUCCAAAGGAUUUUUAA